UUCUUCUCGGCUUAAACCUUCCUCUCUUUCUUCUUGUGGCUGCAUUGGCGCUUUGCUCGCCCGCCAAGAGCGCCGCGCCUCUUCUUCUCGUCCCUUCGCUUCUCUCUCGAGAUUUUCUAGGGAAUGGCUCGGCAGGAAGAUCUGGAAGGCGUUCUUCUCGGGAUUGGAAACCCUCUGCUCGACAUCUCAGCUGUCGUGGAUCCCAGCUUUCUUGAGAAGUAUGAUGUGAAGCUAAACAACGCCAUCCUGGCCGAGGAGAAGCAUUUGCCAAUGUACCGAGAGCUCGCUAACAAGUACAAGGUUGAUUACAUUGCCGGAGGUGCCACUCAGAAUGCUAUUCGGGUCGCCCAGUGGAUGCUGCAAGUCCCCGGUGCUACCACAUUCAUCGGCUGCAUUGGAAAGGACGAAUUCGGAAAAGAGAUGAAGAAGAGCUCGACUGCUGGCGGGGUGAAUGUUCGAUACUACGAAGAUGAAUCCACACCCACCGGUACCUGUGCUGUUCUCGUUGUGGGAGGAGAAAGGUCUUUGGUUGCCAACCUGUCUGCUGCAAACUGCUAUAAAGUUCACCAUUUGGAGCAGCCUGAAAACUGGGCAUUCGUUGAAAAGGCGAAAUUCUUUUAUAUAGCCGGGUUCUUCUUGACAGUCUCUGCGAAAUCUGUGAUGCUUAUCGCCAAGCACGCAGCUGAGAAAGGAAAGUAUUUCAUGAUGAACCUGGCGGCCCCAUUCAUAUGCGAGUUCUUUACCAGCCAGCUGAUGGAGGCAUUUCCGUACAUCGACUUUGUUUUUGGGAACGAGACCGAGGCCAGGGCUUUUUCAAAGAGUCAAAACUGGGAGACUGACGACGUCGAGACCAUCGCUCUAAAGAUCUCGGCACUUCCAAAGGCGUCGGGGACUCACAAGCGAGUCACAGUCAUCACGCAGGGGGCCGACCCGACGGUCGUCGCGGAGGACGGCAAGGUGACAAGAUUUCCAGUGAAGCUCCUUCCAAAGGAGAAGCUCGUCGACACAAAUGGGGCCGGUGAUGCGUUUGUUGGUGGAUUCUUGUCACAUCUGGUGCAAGGCAAGAGUAUCCCGCGGUGCUGCGAGGCCGGAAACUACGCCGCCAACGUCAUCAUCCAGCGCUCGGGUUGCACCUAUCCGCCAAGCCCGACUUCACAUCCGAGCUCUAAAGAUCUUAGGUGCGCCUUGUUUUCUCGAGCAAACCAAAUCUUUUUGCUCCCUACAAAGUUUUGUCAAUCGAGCAAGCAAGAAAAUCUCGCCGCGCAGAGAUCUCGGACGAGAAUAAAAUCAAAGAGACUUAACAGAGAGCGCGCGUCCUUUUGGGUGUCGCGUUUUCAAAAAGUCAAAUACGUUUUUUCCACUACCGCCCCCACUUUCCUCGCCCACUUUCGUUAGUGCUAGUGUGAGUCAAAGUCAUCCUUCCACGAUCCAUCCACACCAAAGAAUUUUCCUCUUUCAUGAUUCACGGCGAGGUUCUAAGAUCAUUCAUCGCUAUCGAUCGAUCAAAGACGUGGUGUUUAGAAAUUUCUUUUUUUCUCAUUCUUUUCUGGCACCUCUGUACAGUUUAGACACAUUUGGUUAGAAGUUAAGCACCCCCCGUGGCGAACAAGAGCAUAAGUUAUAGGGGGGAAGGCGAUCAGGCGAGCGAGCGAGAAGCAAGGGGACAGAAGAGCCAGCGGCAGCAGCGUUUCUCCCAUACGAGAAUUACUAGGAAUGGGACAGUGACGACCAGAACAAGGAAAGGAGGACGGAGGAGAAAAAAAAAACGAGGAAAAAAGA